AUAGUCACUUCCUCCUAUGAGUAAUAAGAACAGCUUGACACAGGCAGGUCUGCUUCUCAGAGCGACUGACUGACUGACUGAGAGCAGUUCACACUCAAGAGAGACAGCAAGAGAGACUCAUGCAUCGAUCUACCAUUUGUUGAAUGUGCCUUUGCCGUGGAGACACCGACGAAUGAGAAUAAGGAGGCGAGGAGGAUUCCUCACUCAGAGAAGACAGAGCAGAGGCAACACACGAAUUCUGAAUCAGCAUCGACAAUGGACCACCAGCAGCAGCAUGCCAAAGUGGAGCGAUUUCUAAAAUUGGGAUAUUCUCACAGUGACAUCCUGAGGGUACUGGAGAGCCUCCACCAUGAUGCCCAGACCAACGACAUCCUGGAGGAGCUGAUAAAGACCUGCCACACUCGCACUUACAUAAACAAAAGUGUCCCAAACAGUCCCAAGCUGGUGGCGAGAGGCUGCAGUCCGAAUCCUGGUCAACCCAAACCUGCUUCAGACAGAGAGCCAGUUGCUGCUUUCAGACCAGUGGUUAUAGAUGGAAGCAAUGUGGCCAUGAGCCAUGGCGAUAAGAAGGUGUUUUCAUGCCAGGGCAUCCAGCUGGCAGUGAACUGGUUCUGGGACAAAGGGUUGCGGGACAUCACCGUGUUCAUUCCCCUGUGGAGGAAGGAGCAGCCACGACCUGAGGCACUCAUUACAGAUCAACAUAUUCUGCAUGAGCUGGAGAGGAGGAAGAUCCUGGUAUACACGCCAUCCCGCUGUGUAAACGGUAAGAGGGUGGUGUGCUACGAUGACCGGUACAUCGUCAAGCUGGCCUUUGACUCCGAUGGCAUCAUCGUGUCCAACGACAACUACCGUGACCUGCAGACAGAGAGUCCCCAGUGGAAAAAGUUCAUAGAGGAGAGGCUGCUGAUGUACACCUUCGCUAAUGACAAGUUCAUGCCCCCGGAUGAUCCUCUGGGUAGAAAUGGCCCCCCCAUUGAUGAUUUUCUUCGCAAAAAGCCAUGGACCCCAGACAACAAGCUGCAACACUGUCCUUACGGAAAGAAGUGUACCUAUGGAGUCAAGUGCAAGUUUUACCACCCAGAACGGAACAACCAAUCACAGCUCUCGGUGGCCGAUGAACUGAGGGCGCUGAGUGACAGAGCCAAGAACUUCUCACCCAAACCGAGCAUGCAGGACACAUACUACUGUCCUGCUGGGUAUCAGCCAGAGCACAGAUACACUUCAUCCACCCCCCCGCCUCUCAGCAUAGACGAUCAGUCCCACAGGGCUUCACCCAUUGAGCACUUCAUCUAUCAGAGAGAAACCAGCAGCCCAAGGAGCCAAUCUAACACAAGUCUCCACCACUGCCCCAGCCUGGAUGUGGACGAGGCCUUCAGCUCCAUGGAGAGCUCCUUGUCUAGGCUCUACAUCCAAGAUCUGCCCUGCAACACAGAGUUCCCUUCUCACAGCUACAGUAGCGGGGUGGCUAGCUACAGCCUGAGCCAUGACGACUACUCCCUGUCAGGGUCAUUCGGUGGGAACCACCAGAGGCCAUGCAUGGGCAGAGGAGGUUACUUCCCUCAUCAAAACAGUCCAGUGACUUGUGAACACAUGUGCAGCCAGUGCAGGUGUGGUCAGAGGCAGACCAUGAUGCCCCCCCACCACUAUACAGCAUGGAGUUCCUGUCCAGCUCUGCCUCCACAUAAUGGGGAGUAUCCUGGCCAGUUUCCAGAAAAGUACUUCAAACAGCCUCAUCGCAUACAGAGCCAAAGCUUACCAAGAGACCCAUGGGCACAGGUCUGCCUUUCUAAUGGCGGGAACAGGGGCCCAUCCAGCGAACACAAGAAUGCCCUCAGGAGCCAGCUGAGCACCCUCUUCCCUAAGAGCAUGGUGGAGCAAGUAAUGAAUGCUUACCCACACAUCUCAGAAAUGUCCGAACUGAUCCCACUCAUCCAGAGCCACAGAACCAACCACAUUUCCUUCUAGAUUAGAAAGACUCUUUUCUUCUUACUCAAAUUGAGCCCACAUUGAAGUUCUCAUCUAAAUGAAAAUGGAAACAAAAAGAAAAUGUAUAUUUUUCUUGUAAUGACUGUGGGAAAACUAUCACUUUUACUUGAACAUAUUCCAGGUGUACCUUGUAUUUUAAGCAUUAAGAAAUGAUUCAAUCUGAGAAAAUCUUAAAAGUGUAGCAGACUUAAGAUUAUGUGAAUUUAAAAGUGCAAUGCACUAUGCGCCAUACAUGCUACUUAUUGUAGCACUGACAAACAUUAAAUCAAAGCAGCAUGUGUUGUUUUCUCAUGUUGCCUCAAAGUGAGGAACUCUAUUACCCUAUUCUGGACUUCUGUAAAGAAUGUCACUGAGCUGUUUUUGAUAUGAAUUUUAGUGGCUUGUGAAAUAAAAGCACAAAAUUUA